UCGUCCAGAAGAAAGAGACCUCUACUCUCCUCCAUCUCUUCCGCCGGCGGCAUCCCCCAAUCUCACGGCUCACGCCACACUGCCGCUCUUCCGCGCCCUUUGCUACGACCCGCACCUCGUUGCCCGUUGCUCCUCCCCUCACUGCCACGACCGCGCGCCUAGCCAUCGGAGCUCCACCUCCCUCGAGCCUUUCGAUCUGCAUCUCAGGAGCACACGGGGGAGAGGCGCUGUGCUUGUUACCGGACCAAGAUCGGCACGUCCAUGUCCUCUCCAUCCACGACCAUCAGGAGGAGGUCGAGCAGAGCAUGGAGUCUCCAGCAGGAGAGGCGCUGAUUCUGCUGGGUCGGCCGGCCGCGCGGUGUGAGUGUGGGGAAGAUGGAGAGACGGCGAGUGGAGGAGUGGCUGCCGGAGAAGGUGAGAAGAAGGAGACGCGGCGCGAGGCCUCUCGGCCCGCGCGCCGGGGGGUCAACAGGGUCGUCUUCGAGCGCUUCACGAAGCGGGCCGUCAAGACGGUGGUGCUGUCGCAGAAAGAGGACAGGGGCUCGAGGAGGGCGACGUGGCGCCGCGCCACCUGCUGCUCGGCCUCGUCGCCGAGGACCGCUCCAUGGGGGGUUCCUCUCCUCCAGGAUCACCGUCGAGCCCGAGCGCGAGGAGUGCCGCAGCCGCCCAGAAGGCGUCCAGGCUCGACACAGACAUGCCCUUCGACAGGAGCUGCAGGUGCGUCUUUGAGGUGGCCGUCGAACUGUCCAGGAACAUUGGCUGCAGCUUCAUCUCCCCCGAGCACCUCACCAUCACGCUCUUCAGUCUCGACCAUCCCACCACCAACAAUCUGGUCAGAAGGUCCAGGAUCUCCUUGUAUAUCAUCUGCAAAGACUACAAGUUCUUCCUCGGCCUGCUGUAAGCCAUGGUUCCCCAUCUUUCUUCUCCCCUCUUGAUCUCUUAUACACGAGUGAGUAAUUUUCCUUUUGCUCGCAUGUGUCAUGUGGUCACUUGAAACAGAGCAAUAACUCUGCUUGUAAGGAUCAGAAUUUCAGGUUUUUGGCUGAACUUUCAAUUGUGGCCCAAUUUUGUUGAUCCUCACGAUUUGGCGAUCCAUUGUGCCCUGUCAGUUCAGCAUCAGAGCAUGCCUGCACGCCGCAACCUUCCUGCUUACCAAUUAGGUUCCAUGCAUCCAAAACCCUCUGACCUGACAUGAUCCGUGUGAUGAAGAGAUGUUUCACCUUUUCUCGACUGCAAAUCUACAAUGGCCCAAAAGAGGGAUCCAUCACGCCGGUGGACUUUCCUUGCCACUCUGGGAAGGGUUUUCACGUUCCAUUUCCAUCCAUCAGCUUUUCAGUUAGGGUGUUAUAGGGGUGAACAAACAAGUACAUACGUAUCAACGUAAAACAGUUCAAAGAUUCUGUAGACCGUAAGAACAGGUUCAUUACACAGUCUCUAACUUCAUAAUGAAUAUCACAUGAUCAUAACAAACCUGAUAAGAAUCUCAAUGUUUCUGAACUUCUAAUCAUGUGUUUGCUCUUAGUUGCCUUACAGUCUCAUUUGUUUUAUCAGAAAUUGUGCAGAUCAAUUGAUCUGCAAGUUUGAUUCGUCGUUUGAUCUGUUCAGCGAGUCGGCUCUACGACUAAGGUACACUUUGCACUUUGUUUCAUGCGACUUCUGUUACUUGUUCUUGGAUUGUGUAUGUUUGUUCACAUAUAUUUUCCUUGCACCAUUUGUGAUAUUGUUUAUGCUACGCGUCAAGAAACAAGGGACAUGAAUUCCACCGAUUGUGCGCUUCUUGUUAAUGGUCAUGCCACCGAGCGAUGAGGAGGCACCGCUGAGCGCGCUGCAGAGGCACUGCGGCUGGGACUGCAUGACAGACCCGUGCUGCGAGCAGCAGGACUUGGUGGGUGCCGUGUCGUUGCCGCUGAUGUAGUUCAUGCACGAGUACAGCCCAACAAGCGCCGCAGUACACCUGGACUGUGCCGACGCCAUACGCCACCAGUAGGGCCGCCACCGCCGCUGCCAGCAGGAUAGUGCUGUUGUUUGAGAUGGUUCUCACUGCUUGGAUUGCUAGUGAAGAGAUGCCUUUUUCUUGGGUUGGAUGCUUUGCAUCUAGAUGUUGACUGUGCUUUUGGCAUUCGAAUAAGUGUGUUCUUAUAGGAGUGGUUAUUAUUGGGGAAUGUGGAUUCAGUUGGGUUUGCUGUUGAGCUACUUCCUACUUUGCAACGAAAUGAGUUCAUUCUCUGAAUUCCCGCAGUUGUCGUGCACUACUUCAGAAAACUAUCAGAUAUGUGGCUGCUAAAAUAGUUGUGUUCAGACAGAAAGGUGGAUCAGGCCGGUGCUCGUCCAUUUCUGUAUUGGAGUUUAUACACAGCUUGCCUGACGCACUAUGGAACAACACUGAUAGCUGCAGUUGACAAUAGUAGGGGUGGUAGGGCGAAGUUUUCCAUUUGCAAGCAUCUGGUAGUUUGAUUAUUGAUGGUGAUAAGAUGGUUCUGCAGCGGUUGACCGGACAACGCCGACCUGGAUAGUGAGGCCAUUCAUGUACAUCAUCUUAUCCUCUCCACUCUUUGUCCUCUUUUCCUCUGAUUAUGCCUGUAACGGAAAUGCUUAUUUGAAACAGAAUUGAUCUGUCUCUGCAUUUCGUUUUGCUUUGCCCUCCUUUUGCAAGGAUUUUUAUUUCAAGAUCAUGUGCUAGCUUGUUCCUAAGAACAUUUUAUCUUUUGUCUUUUUAGGGAACAUUUAGAUUAUGUCAAGAAGGUCGAUAAAGAGGUAGGAACUGAUUUGCACCAUGCCAUUCCUUGCAAAAAGUCUAAUUAGUCUUCACCAGGUGUAUUAAGUUUUCAAUGUAAAAACAUCAGAAUAUCUUUUCAAGUU